UACCAACUAAACUUUCUCGAACAAACGCAAAGCAUGCGGUGCAGGAUUUUGGUACUGUGUGCAUUCAUUUGCCUCUUUGUAAUUUUGGCCGAGGCCAGGCAGAGGAAAGUCAAUCAUUCCGCUGAUAGAAGAUCAUUGGCAGUCAGAAGUGGACACAGGAACCAGCGGAGUGGUGCUCGUCAUGGAGCACGAUUGGCUGCCAGAUCAAGGAAUCAAAGGAAACGCAGAUUAAAUGCGGCCAAGAGAAGCAGGAGGAGGCGUAAUUUGGCUAGAAAGUCGAAUCGGAAAAUAAAGGCCAAAACUGAGUCAGUCGUUGGUUCAAGUUACGCUACUUUACCAUUGGACUUCCAACAAAACUUCGUGCGAACCACCGACAACCUGCGAUCGGAGAAGGCCUUUUUGGCCAAUCGAUAUGGCUUUAGUUUUGCCAAGACUUCUGGAACGGCCACUUUGAAAAACACGGCGAACAUGGAGUAUACCUGCAAAAUGAACAUUGGUACACCUAAGCAGAAGUUCACAGUGCUUCCGGACACUGGAAGCUCGAAUAUUUGGGUGCCUGGACCGCAUUGCAGGAGUAAGGCUUGCAAGAAACACAAACAGUAUCAUCCGGCCAAGUCAAGUACCUAUGUUAAGAACGGGAAAUCCUUUGCCAUCACCUACGGUUCGGGUAGUGUGGCAGGAGUUCUGGCCAAGGAUACGGUGAGAAUAGCUGGGCUGGCUGUGACCAAUCAAACUUUCGCCAUGACCACCAAGGAACCGGGAACCACUUUCGUGACCUCCAAUUUCGAUGGUAUACUAGGACUGGGAUAUCGAUCCAUAGCCGUGGACAAUGUGAAGACCCUGGUGGAGAACAUGUGCUCGGAGGAUGUGAUCACCAGUUGCAAGUUUGCCAUUUGUAUGAAGGGCGGCGGCAGCUCCGCGCGAGGUGGUGCCCUAAUCUUCGGUAGUUCCAAUACAAGCGCUUAUAGCGGAUCCCAUAGCUACACAUACACUCCGGUGACCAAAAAGGGUUACUGGCAGUUCACUCUGCAGGACAUUUACGUGGGCGGCACCAAAGUGAGCGGCUCGGUGCAGGCCAUUGUGGAUUCCGGAACUUCCUUGAUCACGGCUCCGACGGCCAUCUACAAAAAGAUCAACAAGGUCAUCGGAUGCAGCGCUACCUCCAGCGGUGAGUGCUGGAUGAAGUGCUCCAAGAAAAUACCCGACUUCGCCUUUGUCAUUGCGGGCAAGAAGUUCGUGGUCAAGGGUAACAAGAUGAAAUUAAAGGUGAGGACCAACAGAGGCAAGACAGUUUGCAUAUCGGCAGUAUCUGAAGUUCCCGACGAGCCAGUGAUCCUGGGCGAUGCCUUCAUCCGUCAUUUCUGCACGGAAUUCGACUUGGCCAACAAUCGCAUCGGAUUCGCUGCCACUACGUAUGCCACUUAGACUUA